UCGCGUCGUCGCAGCAGCAUGCAUCACGAAAACGAACCGAUGACUCAAGAUGGAUGACGAGGAGUUUUCACUAUAUUCACCGUAGCUCUCUUGGGCCAGUCGUAUUAUUUUCAUAAUUAAACGCUUUCCAAUUGAUUUAGAUAGAUCAACCAGGGUUUUUCAAAGGGUAGAGAAGCUAGGGUCUUGAUAUUUAGUUUCAAUAUGUCGGCAGAAACAGUUCCAAUGGCAAACUGUACUUCUGCGACUGGAAGUACAAUUUCACUGCCACUAGCAGCAACAACUUCAGGAGGCCACUCGUCGAGCGGCUCCCCGGCUACCAGCCGUCGUGUGAAGGGUGCGCCUAGCAAGUAUGUCAAAUUAAAUGUGGGUGGAUCUUUGCACUACACCACUAUAGAUACAUUGACCAAAGAAGAUAAUAUGUUACGUGCCAUGUUUAGUGGAAGAAUGGAAGUUCUCACAGAUUCAGAAGGUUGGAUUUUAAUUGACAGAAGUGGCAAGCACUUCGGUGUUAUUCUUAACUAUCUGCGUGAUGGACAAGCUCCCAUGCCAGAGUCUACAAGAGAGAUUGAAGAAUUACUAUGCGAAGCUAAAUAUUACUUAGUGCAAGGACUUGUUGAGAAUUGUUUGCGGACGCUGAGACGGAGGAAGGAUGAAUAUGAACCUGUGUGUAGGGUACCGGUUGUCACAUCACCAAGGGAAGCACAGAAGCUUAUUACAUCCUCUUGUAAACCAAUUGUUAAAUUGCUGUAUAACAGGCAAAAUAAUAAGUACUCGUAUACAAGUAACUCAGAUGAUAAUAUAUUAAAGAACAUUGAGAUGUUUGACAAGUUAUCAUUACGCUUUAAUGGUCGAGUUCUUUUUGUGAAAGAUGUUACUGGACGAAGUGAAGAGAUCUGCUGCUGGACAUUCUAUGGACACAACAAGAAGGUUGCAGAGAUUAGUUGUACAUCAAUUGUAUAUACAAGUGAGAGGAAACAAACAAAGGUUGAGUUUCCUGAGGCAAGAAUUCUAGAAGAAACUUUGAAUAUUCUGCUCUAUGAACGCUGGGAUGGUAAUGAUGGUUACGAGCUGUCACGCAGCGCCAGCAAGCAUGCCCACACUGCACAUUACCUGAGCGACGAAGAUGAUGAGUACUACAGACUACGCAAAACUUGAGUUGCAACUCUUGCAGGGCAUUAACACUGAAAACUGGUUUAAGAUAUACCAUCUGUGUUGUGCAAGAGAAAUUUUAAAAUAUAAUUAUUACAUUGCAAUUUCUUACAUUGUAUAUUAUUAAAGUGUAUUGUCAUCUUUCAAUUAAAGUAUAUAAUGUAAAAAUAAUGCCCCUUUUUGGCUAGUACAGUUAAAGUUGCCUAAACUCAAAUAAUUUUCUAAGUCAAUCUUAUUUUAGAUGCAAAAUUGUUGUGUUUUCCAUUAAUUAACGAUCUGUAAGUCAGUUUUCAAUGCCAUUUUGGAUUCAACUUAGGCAAGUUCAUCUCUAAUCAGUUGAAGGAUUUUUGUAGUAAAAAUUCUGUAUUGAAAUUGUUAUGCUCUGUCACAUUGAAAGCUGAUAAACAUGCUAUUUAUAAAAUAUGCAAUUUGUAACACGUUAUAUUUUCAUUGCGGAUUUUUUGGGCUCAGUACGGACUCUAAAUAUAUGCAUUUUCUUUUAGUUUUAAGGCGUAUGUGGAUUUUAUAAGUCCGCAAUGACGAUAUAACGUGUUUUGUGUUUUUAUUUCAUAUUUCACCAUAGAUGGUAUAUCUUAAGGCCACUCCCUUCAAUGUGAGGUGAAUCUCACUGAUUGGGAGGGGGGAAAAGAGAGGGGAAGGGUAGAUGCAUCAUAGGAUUCAUCAGUGCAAUAUUAUUACACAUCCCUCUAAUUGAAUAUUAACUGUCCAGUAAAUGGUCUUUCUUGUUAUUGCUUUAGGGUGGAGUACAGUAAUAUAUUAGUAUGGUAUUGAAUGUCAUAUGAUGUAAAAUAGUAGAAUUACAUAUGCAAAUGUGGCAGUGGAUUGAUCUGCUAAGCUCCACCCCUUGGAUAUUGUUGCUAAGGUCCCACAAGAUGACAGCGGGAAUCACAGAUCUUAUAAACACAAGAUAGUGUUCUCCGCAAUUUUACGUGUAACAAAUACAAGCGUCGAUUUGGCACAGAAAAGUAAUCAGUUUUGGGAGAGGGUGUCCUAGUCGUUGCCAUGGAUCUGAGAUAGGGUGUUCGUGUUACGCCAAAGUUUGUUACCAAGUAUGUUAAAUUGUUCCUUAUGUUCUAGAGAGAGGGCGCAUUGUAAAUCGGGCGCUUCUAAUUGUUAUGCGUAAACGUAAAGUCGCGCGGCGUACACUAUGGUCAAAGCAGUCAAAGUUAAAAAGUUUUCAGUUUUGCAAGAGGGCGCCAUACACUUUGUUAUUACAGAAUUUGCACACGGAAAACGCAGAGACAUGUCCCAUGGGUUGAUGAGACAUUCACAUAUUUCUGGCCCCGCCUAUUGAAUACACAUACUGAAUGGUCAGUUUUUAAUUUCAUUGACACUUUGAAAAGGUUAAUUGUUAUUGAUUUGGUUGCUCUGUUGGGCAUUAUAAUUACAGAGGCAACUCCCUAUGAUAUUAUUUAUAUUAAACAUAAUUAGCAGGAUUAACAACAUUAUUUUAUUUUUAUCUGAACAUGACGAACCACCACUUCAAGUUGUUGAUAUGACGGGAAAUGUGUAAAGUCAAAUUUAUGACUGAUUUAUAUCUUUUUCAACCUGCACUGUUAUAAAAAAAAUGUUAAAAGUUGAAUUACACUCUAUGAGCACCAUGAUAUGAUUAAUUCAAGUUUAAUCAUUUAGUAGAGGAUUAAAAAAAACAACACUAAAUUCUUUCAAACUUGUGUUCUUUUAUAUUUUUCUAUUUAUUAUAAUUUAUUUUUUAACAAUUUCGAUAUGUAGACAUUUAGUCUCUAGUUAAACAUUAUAUUAAUAAAUUAUUAUUAGAAAGAAUCAAAAGAAUAGUUUGUUUCCCUCCAUGAUGAUUUACACGGUAGUUGUAAUUGUUUGAUUAUAAUUAUCCAAACCGAUGAGGGCGGUGUGUACGACGAAGGAGUUUUUUAAAUAAAAGACUACAGUUACGUCAUUUAGGUGUUUAUUGUCGACUGAAAUCGGACCAAAGUUCAUGUGACUAGAUUAACAAAACAUAUGUAAUAUUACGCUGUAAACGUAUCGGAUAUUGUAUUGUGCAAUUAUUCCAACCAAUAAAACAAGCUGCAUAAAGUA